GCGAUGAUACUCCAGUGGUCCGUCAGUAAUCCGUUCAAAAAAAAUUGGGGAUUAGGUUCUUCAAUUACUAAACAUCAAACCCUAAUUCACAACAAAUCUGUCCAUCCAGCGAUUGAAUUCCCAAAAUCAUCACAUCAUUCCGGCGAAUUCACCCAAUCUGUUCGUCGUUUCUGACAGUCAAUCUCUCCAAACAAAUUAACCGGAGUUCUCCGGCACGGUGGCCGGCGGCGGCGACAAGAAGUAUCGAUCUGAAUUCUGAACAUCGAAUACUUGUUUUAAUUGCUCACAGCAAACAUCAGGUAAUUUCGGAAAUGGAGACAACACAAAGGAGAUGGAGAAAAGUUGCUUACGGGGGUAUGCAACCCGGGUUUGACGAUAACCACACAGACGACACUUUCCUUCAAGAAAUGGUCAUGAACGCAAACGUUGUUAAACGCGACAUGCUAAAAGUAAUGUUGGAUUCCGUUUCCAUUUCUCAAUAUCUUUGCAUUGUAGCACUCGUCGUUUUAGUCUGGGCCCACACGCUUAACUCCACUAUAACCGAAAACUUUCUUAUCAUUCUCGAUAUCACCCUUGUCGGGUCCGGCUUCUUUAUUCUUCUCUUAACCGCCAAAAUGCUUUCAUUCAAGCUUCUACUCAAUUACGCCAUCAAAAUAUCUUUCUUCACAACAGGUUUGUACGUAUUGUCUCCGAUAUACCACACGUUGACCCGGUCAAUCAGCUCGGAUUCCAUAUGGGCGUUGACCACAUCACUCGUCAUCCUCCAUCUGUUCUUGCAUAAUUACUCCGGGUCAACAAUAAAAGCUCCGGGAGCACUAGAAAAUCCAAAUUUAACGAGUAACAUCUCGUUAAACGCGUCGAUUGUAGCGUCACUUUUGAUUGCUUCUCGUCUUCCGUCGAGGCUUCUGGUUUUUGCUAUAAUAUUGUUUUCGUUGCAAGUUUUUCUUUUUGCGCCAUUGAUUACGUAUUGCCUUAAGAAGUACUCGUUUCGGUUGCACCUUUUAUUCUCGUUUGUGUUGAUGGCGCUCACACUGACAUGUGUUUAUCGGCUGCACAAACUGCUGUUUGUGGUGUUGUUGGGGCUGUUGGUUUUUGUUAACUUGGUGUGUCCUUAUUGGUUGAUUAGAAUUCAAGAGUAUAAGUUUGAGAUCAAUGGUCCAUGGGAUGAAGCAAAGCUGUGUUUCAAUAUUACAGACUGAAGGGCUUUUUUGUCUUUUUAGUUUGUUUAUAUUUUUCGGCUAUUUAUAAUAUGCAGAAUUUUGGUUUACAAGUUCAUGUAUUUAUCAUCAUUUGUUCAUAUGAUCCAAUUUAUUAA